AUGUCUACCAAGCGGGUGCUUGUAAUUGCAGGUUCUGAUAGCUCUGGUGGCGCUGGCCUAGAAGCUGAUCAAAGGGUCCUUGCUGCCCAUGGUUGCUAUGCUCUUACGGCUACAACCGGAUUGACCGCACAAAACACACUAGGUGUGCAAGAUAUCUUUGUUGUCCCACCACAGUUUGUGAAAAAGCAGAUCAUUGCUGGCCUUGAAGAUGUUGGUGCCGAUGUAGUGAAAUUGGGAAUGCUGUCGUCUGCUGAGACAAUUGAUGCCAUUGUAGAGGCAUUGACAAUCUACAAAGUGCCAUACUUGGUGCUGGAUCCGGUAAUGGUGUCGACCAGCGGAGCUCGCUUGCUACCGGAGAAAGCUGUGAAGGUGCUACGCACCAAGUUGCUCCCUAUCGCCACUGUUCUUACACCUAAUAUCCCGGAAGCUCAGCUUUUGCUCCAGGAUGCAGGUAUCGAUUCUUCCGAGCCGGAGGAUCUGGCUGGCAUGGUUCAACUGGCCAAGCAGGUCUGUUGCUUAGGUCCGAGAGCAGUGCUUCUCAAGGGAGGUCAUAUCCCACUGACCAAAGAGCACAAAAGGGCCCUGAAUCCUGAAGAGGCAACAGCGGUCGUUGACAUUCUCUACGAUGGGGAAACUAACGUCACGAAAUUCUUUGAGACCGGCUAUUUGAUUUCGAAGAACACGCACGGUACUGGCUGCUCACUUGCUUCGGCAAUUGCCGCCAACCUUGCUCUGGGACAAGAUAUGAAGCGAGCUGUGCGUAAUGCGGUUCGAUUUGUUGAAGCCGGAAUUAGAACUAGUUCCGAUCUUGGUAAGGGAAGUGGUCCGAUCAACCAUUUUCACUCGAUCUACACCAUGCCAUUUGCGCCAGGUCGGUUCAUUGAAUAUAUGCUGGAUCGCCCAGAUGUCCAGAAAUUAUGGGAGCGGUUCACCCAUCAUGACUUUGUCAAAGGCCUAGGCAAAGGCACGCUCCCCUUGGAGCGUUUCAAGGAGUACCUUGUACAGGAUUAUCUCUACUUGGUUCAAUUUGCUCGUUCCAAUGCGCUGGCUUCUUAUAAGUCCCACAACAUGGAGUCAAUAGCGGCUUCUGCUCGCAUUAUACUGCAUAUUCAGCGUGAAAUGUCUUUACACCUUGAUUAUUGCGCCUCUUUCGGCCUUUCCAAAGAGGAAAUUGAGUCCCAUCCAGAAACCCUCGCAUGUACUGCAUACAGCCGAUACAUUCUCGAUAUCGGUCAAUCAGAGGAUUGGCUUGCACUUCAGAUGGCUCUCGCUCCCUGUUUGAUUGGAUACGGCGCAAUUGCAAAACGACUAUACGAAGAUAAAGGUAGUCUUCGGGAAGGGAACCACUACUGGAAAUGGAUUGAGAACUACGUCGCCGAUGACUAUGUGGAGGCUGUCGAGAUUGGAUCAGCUCUACUGGAGGAUCAUGUGCACAAGGUAUCGCCUAGCCGCAUGGAGGAAUUGAUCAAGAUCUUUAUUCGAGCGACGGAGCUUGAGAUUAGCUUCUGGGCUAUGGGAUUGAGUGAAAAGAUUUGA